CGUACUGUUUCAUCUUUUUCAAACUAUUUGGAAACUUUUAUUAUCGCCGUUUCAUACGGAAUAAAUCUUUGCCAUCCAGCGUGCAUUCUUCGCCUCUCUUAGACAGCGCAACAAAGAAUGCACUUGUACCAGAACACUGGACGAACGCUGCACGACUGGAACGCGGUGGAUGUGGAGAUUGACGGCCGACUGCAGCACGGCUACGUCAUCAGCCUGGAAGAGAACACGAACGUUCCCCCGCGUCUGGUAGUGGAUUUCGGAUGCCCCACACAGUAGGCGGUGUCAGUGGAGUACGGGAAGGUCUGGGACUCCUACAGCAUUCGAUGGAGCCAGGCAAGCGAGGGAGAGGCUGUGGAGGUGCUGCUGCACGACGGACCGCAGCGUCCCUGGUCGUGGUACUCCGGAAAGAUGCUGAUUCCCGCGUUCGAUGACAUGGAUGAGAUGGCGGUGGUGGAGGUGAUGGUGGACGGGCAGUGGCGUCGCGAACUGCUUCCCUGGCUGCAGAUUCGCGACGCCUGCGAAGAAGCAGCACGGUCCGGGCUUCUUGCAGCGGGCCAUUUCGUCAUGGAGACGUGCAGUGUGCCCAGCGGCUACUGGACUCUGGAGCCGUCGGUGUCGGCCUUCCUGAUCAGACAACUUGAGAGCCGCCGCCAGCUGCGCGUUGUUACCGUUCUCAGUCAGACGCUGCGGGUUCUGCGACGCCGCGAAGACUGGAUCCUGCCGGGUGAUACUGUAGCAAAGUUCUUUGAAGAAGAGCGGGCAAAUCAUGACUUUCACCGUAAAAUCGCCGCCUUGAAGAAAACAGAAGAGCGGAAGCGGAAGAAGCCGUUGAGUGGCGUUGAAGGCGGUUUGGCGUUGCCUUUGGAAGUGCUGAAGGAGGUCUUUCGUUCGCUGGACACUUUCGACCGCGUCCGCUGCCAGCGCACCUGUAAAAAGUGGGCAGACAUUCUCACGGCGCCGGAUAUGUGCCGCGAGGUGCGUGUCGCGCGACCGCAGCACCGCUUCUGGGACCACUACUUCAUGUACGCCUGCCUGGCCAAGCACAUUACACCCGCCACGCGCACGGUCAGUCUUCGCGAAAGCGGAACGUACGACGAUGAAGUGUUCUUCAUAAUCACGCAUCUCCUGCGCUCUGUCGACAUCCCGCGUCUCCACCGUUUCAUCGUGGACCGCCGCUCCUUCCGGCUCGGGGAAUGGAGUGGCGCGCUACAAACUGGGAGCGCUGUCCUCCGAGAUCACCGCGGGGUUGAUCGAUUCCAAGCUGGCGGCAUCUUGUGAUCGGUUGAUUUUGAAGG